ACUGCGGCUCUGCAGACAGAUAUUAUUGUCCGCGUCGGCACAGAGCGCAUGCCCCCAUUCCUUCCACAGCAAAAUGUCGUCAGUAGACUUUGAUGUACCCAUGGAUCCAGAUAUGGAAUUACUCGAUGAUGAGGAUCUGGAAAGGGAAGCAGAGGUGUUUAAAGAACAAGGUAAUGCCUACUAUGUCAAGAAGGACUACACAGAAGCUUUCAACUACUACACAAAAGCAAUUGACAUGUGCCCGAAGAAUGCAAGUUAUUAUGGUAAUCGUGCUGCCACUUUGAUGAUGUUGAGUCGUUAUAGAGAGGCACUGGAAGACUCCCAGCAGGCUGUUAGACUUGAUGACACAUUUGUGAAGGGUCAUCUCCGUGAGGGUAAGUGCCACUUGUCACUUGGGAAUGCCAUGGCAGCCAGUCGUUGUUUCCAGAGGGUUCUUGAACUUGAACCUGACAAUGCUCAGGCUCAGCAGGAGAUUAAAAAUGCAGAGUCUAUUUUGGAGUAUGAGAAGAUGGCAGAAAUUGGCUUUGAGAAACGAGACUUCAGAAUGGUAGUUUUUUGUAUGGACCGAGCACUGGAGUCUGCAUCAGCCUGUCACAGGUUUAAAGUUCUGAAGGCAGAAUGUUUGGCUUUACUUGGCCGCUACCCGGAAGCCCAGUCUGUUGCCAGUGAUAUUUUACGGAUGGACUCAACCAAUGGUGACGCACUGUAUGUGCGUGGUUUGUGUCUCUACUAUGAGGAUUGUAUUGAUAAAGCAGUACAGUUCUUCAUCCAAGCACUUCGUAUGGCACCAGACCAUGAAAAAGCCAGACUGGCUUGCAGGAAUGCAAAAGCCCUGAAAGCCAAGAAAGAAGAGGGAAACAAAGCUUUCAAAGAAGGCAGUUACACUGAAGCUUAUGAACUGUAUUCUGAGGCACUCACCAUUGACCCAAACAACAUCAAAACAAAUGCCAAACUCUACUGUAACCGUGCCACAGUUGGAUCAAAGUUAAAUAAACUGGAGCAGGCCAUAGAAGACUGCACCAAGGCCAUCAAGCUGGAUGAAAGCUAUAUCAAGGCUUACUUGAGGAGAGCACAGUGUUAUAUGGACUCUGAGAUGUAUGAGGAGGCAGUGAGAGACUAUGAGAAGGUUUAUCAAACAGAGAAGACAAAAGAUCAUAAGCAUCUGUUAAAAAAUGCCCAGUUGGAACUGAAAAAGAGUAAAAGGAAAGACUACUAUAAGGUGUUGGGUGUUGACAAAAAUGCCACUGAAGAUGAAAUCAAGAAAGCUUACCGAAAACGAGCACUUAUGCACCACCCAGACCGUCACAGUGGUGCAAGUGCAGAGGUUCAGAAGGAAGAGGAAAAGAAGUUUAAGGAGGUUGGUGAAGCUUUCACUGUGCUCUCUGACCCAAAGAAGAAAUCCCGCUAUGACAGUGGUCAUGAUCUGGAGGAUGAUGGCAUGGGAGAUGUGGAUGCUAACAACAUAUUUAAAGCAUUCUUUGGAGGACCUGGAGGUUUUAGUUUUGAAGCUUCUGGACCAGGGAAUUUCUUUUUCCAGUUUGGCUAAUGAAGAAUGGAGAAGUAUGCAAUUAUCCUCAUCCUGAUAUUAAGUUUAUAUGGACUGCCUCACAGCCACAGCCCUAAAUUGUCUGCCAGGCCAAUCAUCUCAGAACAUCAACCGGAAAGUCUUUAAUUUCGUACAAACCAGGCAUAUGUUUGUGUGAAGUCUCUACUUAGAGGCAGUCACGGAAAAUCAUGGAUUUCUGUAACCCAUACUCAUUCCAUAUCAGUGCUGUGAGAUAGUGUGGCAUAUGUUAUCUAUUUAUGAUUUUUUUGGUAACAGUAUGCAUCCCUAAUGAAUGUUCA